UUGUUACAUUUCAUGAGUUUUUUGUAGUUCACCAUCAUGGGUUUUGUGAUCCCUUUGUUUUUUGUAGUUCACCAUCAUUGAAUAGUUGGUCCUUUCUUUUUUAGGUCAAGUUGUAUUUAUGUGUAUUUAUGUGUUUGACACGCGAAAGAAUCCAAGAGCUCCUGAUUUGCAUAAAGUUGUUGAGAAGGAUGAGAAGGAGCUGUUGUUGCUGCUGAUGGCCAUUUGCCUUAGUGAUGGUCUUGAAAUGAGGGUUGCAGAUGGGAAAAAGACAAUUGCAACAUUUUUUAGCUGUGUUAUGUCUACUAUUGGAGGAAACAGUGCUGGUCUUGGCAAUGCUGUGGUUAAUGUGUACAUUAAUCACGAGAAGAAGUUUGCUUUUGUGGAUAUGAGAACUAUUGAAGAAGUGAGCAAUGCAAUGGCAUUAGACGGGAUAACGUUUGAGGCACUUGUGGUGAAGCUAAGGGAAGGCACCGGGCCAAAUGCUAAUACUGGUGUUAUCACUAGAGUUCUUGCAACUGUUGGGGAGCUUGCUAGGGUGGGAGGUUUUGGAAUGAAGCAAUAUCUUGGUGAACUAAUGCCAGUAAUUGUUGAAGCCCUCUUGGAUGGAGCUGCUGUUAUAAAGCGUGAAGUGGCUCUCGCAACUCUUGGUCAAGUUGUAUAGAGCACUGGGUAUUAUGUUUUCAUUGUUAGUCCAAGCCAGAAUAAAGAAGGAUGGUUGUGUCAGCCUGUCAGGUUGGCAGCUAGCAUUAAACUUGGGCUGAUGUUUUUAUCAUGAAUCCUGACAACUUUGAGAUUUGUUUAUUUUAGAAAA